AUGUGUAGUAAGAACGGCGCGACGCUCCCGAAGGACAUGGCGGACAUCGCGGACGCGGAGGGCGUUCGCGUCGUGGUGAUGAAAGAUUUUCUGAGAUACACCACGUCCGGGCCGCUCGCGGGAUUCCUCGCGUGGCUCUUCGCCAAGUACCCCGCGGUGCGCGACCGCGCGCUCGCGGACCCGUGGUUCUUGUACAAGCUCGCGGUGGAGGUGCUCGGCGACGUCGGGCUGGCGGUCGCGGGCGAGGCGACGAGCAGGAACGACGCGUCCGCGUUGGACGAGGCGGAGGCGCGUUCCAUCUCACACUGGUUCCCAUACGACCGCGUUGGCGUGGUGAACGCCUUUUUCUUGUCCGACGUCGUGUCGUCGGUGUUCUUGAACGGCGCCGUGCUCACGAUGCUCUCUCCCGCGGUGACGCUCGGGAAGACCCCGGGCGGGAGGAAGGCGUUGAUCGUGAAGUCGCGCAUCGGCGGCCGGUUGAACCACUUCAUGCGGCUCGUGUUCAUGGCGCAGCCUCCGGGGAAGAUGCCGGCGUCCAUCUUCGCGAAAGCCGGGCACAGAGUCAUCCCGUACGCGUGGAAGUGGCGCGGCCUCGCGCUCCUCGCGCAGGGCGUUCGCAUAGCCGCCGUCUCCGGCGCGAUCGGGUUCGUCGGCCAGGGCACCUCGAACGCCGUCUGCGCGCUCCGCCGAAAGUACUGGAGCGGAUCGUACUCGAAGGCGUACGCGGAGACGGUUCGACCCGAGUCGCCGCCGCUGUUGGAGCCCGCCGUCGAGUGGGCGCUCUUCACGGGCACGGACGCCAACUGGCGGCAGCAGGCGAUCAUCGGCGUCGAGCGCGUGAUCGAGGGAGCGGCGAGCGGCGGGGGGAAGGUCUCCUCGAUCGUCGCGCGGGCGAGCAGCGCGGCGAUUCGAAUCGCGAACAACGCGUGGGGGGGCGAGCGGUUCGCCAGUCGCAUGCGGCGGAUGGAGGACGAGGUCGCGAGACGGCACGGGGAAAGUCCUUAAGGAUCGGCGUUCACAUCGCGAACGGGGUCGUAUGGGAAGCAGUCUCACCUGCGUCUGCGUCUCAUCCAUCAGCCCCAACGCGUACAGCCCCACCGCGAGACGGCACGGGCGGUACUGAGCCAGCCAGCCCCCACGGCGCGUUCGUGAAAAAAAACUAUAUUAUUGUCUUGAGAGGGAGAAGAGGAGAGCGUUUCGUUUCGUUUCGUUUCGUUUCGUUUCGUCAUGAGAGCGAGCGAUGUAAACGACGACCCAACAGAGAGUCGUUC